UGGUACGUCAUUUUGUAAGUGUCUGCCGUAGUAAAUUUUCUCGGUACAGUGAAAAAUAGUUUACUCGCAUGGUUUUGUAUACGCUUAAAAGAUAAGACACUUUUUAAACCCCAUUUAACGUCUCGUACGUUAAUUUCACAAACCACAAGUAUGGACGACAAGGCGGCGUUAAAGGAAUUGGAUCAAUGGAUAGAGCAGCUAAGCGAAUGCAAGCAGUUGACAGAAAAUCAAGUCGAAACGUUAUGCGACAAGGCAGAAGAGAUUCUGACUAAAGAAUCCAACGUCCAAGAAGUGAAAUGCCCCGUGACAGUAUGCGGCGACGUUCACGGGCAGUUCCACGACCUGAUGGAACUGUUCCGCAUCGGAGGGCGGUCUCCCGACACCAACUACCUGUUCAUGGGGGACUACGUCGACCGUGGAUAUUACAGCGUGGAGACUGUCACAUUGCUGGUUGCGCUUAAGGUGCGCUAUCCUGAGAGAAUAACGAUCCUGCGCGGCAACCACGAGUCGCGCCAGAUCACGCAAGUGUACGGCUUCUACGACGAGUGCCUGCGCAAGUACGGCAACGCCUCCGUGUGGAAGCACUUCACCGACCUCUUCGACUUCCUGCCCCUCACCGCGCUCGUCGACGGACAGAUCUUCUGCCUACACGGAGGCCUCAGCCCGUCCAUCGACACCCUUGACCACAUCCGAGCGGUGGAUCGCUUGCACGAGGUGCCGCACGAAGGGCCCAUGUGCGACCUGCUCUGGAGUGACCCCGACGACAGAGGCGGGUGGGGUAUAUCACCCCGAGGCGCCGGCUACACGUUCGGGCAAGACAUCUCGGAGACCUUCAACCACAGCAACGGCCUAACAUUGAUCUCACGCGCCCACCAGCUCGUCAUGGAGGGCUACAACUGGUGCCACGAACGAAACGUCGUCACUAUCUUCUCAGCACCCAACUACUGCUAUAGGUGCGGUAACCAAGCCGCCAUUAUGGAAUUGGAUGACGCGCUUAAGUACUCAUUCCUAAAGUUCGACCCGGCCCGCGGCGCGGCGAACCUCACGUCACACGGCGAACGCCAGAUUACUUCAUGUAGGCUGCACCGGAGGCGCACAAGAAGCAGUCGGUCGGCAUCGGCGGGGCUGGUGUUAGCGGGGGCGGGGUGAAGCGUGCACGCGCACGCACACAUGCACAAGCACGUGCACACGCGCGCGCGCACGCGCACGCACGGCGGCCGCGCGUGCCCCGCGCCGCGCGCCGCCUGCUCGGGCUGGCGCGCGUCGCCUCCUGGCUCGCCUCCGUCUGACACACACACACACACACCCGGGGACACACACAUUUCACGCGGUCCGGUGACCGACGUAAGCGCUGACGCUUCAAAUACACUUGACAAUUCUUCUUACGUAAGUAGGGACACAGCAUUUGGUAACGAUAUUCAUAUCUCCUUCUGUAGUACGAAAUGUUGAGACGUUAAAAAUAUGCCUAUAUCGUAGUGUUGUCGCGUUUUUUUACACGUAUUAAUUUGACAGGAGCGACGAUACGAUGUUGCCACUUUUUAAUUUCUACUCCUUGCCUCCUACUUACGUAAGUAAAUUUGAAAAUGUAUUUCGGGGCUAAAAGUUAGCGCACGGUUCGCGGCCUGUAACUUAGCAUCACACGUUUGGUAUCGCUCGGGGAAGUGAAACGUCUCGCGGCAGAAACUUAGGUUAAUAUUGUACGUAGCAGUAAUUAUAUGUUUUUUUUUACUGUUAAAUGUUAUGCGAUAUUUCUGAUGUGGCUCGGUUCACUUCCUCGGCGAUACGAUAUUUAAAAUCGACCUAUGAACAAUAUAUGUAAUCACUAAUAAAACGUCGGCGUUUAAAAUUGUUUAAAAAGUUACGCAUGCGUCAAAUGGAGAUACUAAAUUACAAUUAUUUGGACGAGUGUCGCCCGUUCAGUUUACCUCUCGUGUCCGCUAUUAAAAUACACGUGGUCCGGUUUCCUCGCGUGUCUCGCCUCUAACUUGCCAGUGGAAACGUGCGCCACAUUAAAUAACGUAUCUUGUAUAAUUUGAAUUUUCCCGAUUCUAGUAUUCCAUUUGGCGCUACGAUAUACGUCGACGCGCCCCGCUAGUCGGUUCGGUUCAGUGCCGUGUGAGUUCCCGCCGUCCGCGUGCGCGUGCAGCUCCGCGUCUCGCGCGCGUCACCGAGCUGUCCACGCGGCUGCUCUAGUGACGGCCACGUGCCGGUGAGCAGACGCGGUGCACGUGCGGAGACGUGGUCGGCGCCGGCGCGGGCUCCGCGAGCGCGACGUGAGCGUGUCGCUCGCGUCACCGAGCUGUCCACGCGGCUGCUCUAGUGACGGCCACGUGCCGGUGAGCAGACGCGGUGCACGUGCGGAGACGUGGUCGGCGCCGGCGCGGGCUCCGCGAGCGCGACGUGAGCGUGUCGCUCGCGGCGCGCAGUAGGUAGUGGCAUACGUCCUGUACUUGUGUCCGAUUAUUCGGCGUUCGCCCCGCGGCCGCGCGGCUCUGCUGGUAUGUUCAUUAUAACCUGUCCGGACCUACUGUAUGUACACUUAUGUAUCAGACACUUAGAGCUCAUUAAACAGCGUGCAUUUGCUA